CCGCCGAAAGAGAAGACGUUGUUACGCGGGAAGAGACUUACAUCACCAGCCGUGCUUUUAUUAUUGUUAUUAUUAUUAUAGUUUAUAUUUUUAUACAUUUCUACAGUAAUAAUCGUGAUAAUGGCGGGUAGUCGGGGGGCGCUGAUCGUUCUUGAGGGUGUCGAUAAGGCAGGAAAAACUACACAGUGUAAGAAACUGGUACAAUCACUUCAACAGAGCGGCCGAGCAGCAGAACUCCUCAGAUUCCCCGACAGAACGACGCAGAUCGGCCAGCUGAUUAAUUCGUACCUGGAGAAAAGGAGCAACCUGGAGGACCAUACAGUACACUUACUGUUCUCAGCAAACCGCUGGGAGCUGGUUCCUUUAAUGAAGAAGAAGCUGGAUCUGGGCAUCAACCUGGUGGUGGACCGCUACGCCUUCUCCGGAGUGGCUUUCACCAGCGCCAAACCCGGUUUCUCUCUGGACUGGUGUAAGAACCCUGACGUGGGGCUGCCCAAGCCGGACCUGGUGAUGUUCCUGCAGCUGAACCCCGCCGUGGCAGCAGAACGCGGCGAGUUUGGGAGAGAGCGCUAUGAGACGAACGCUUUUCAGGCGACGGUGCAGCAGAGGUUCGAACAGCUCAUCAGCGACCCGUCCAUCAACUGGAAGGUCAUUGAUGCCGCAAGAAGCAUAGAGGAAGUGCACAGUGAGAUUAAAGUGCUGAGCGAGAACGCCAUCAACGCCGCCGCCAACCUGCCUAUCGGAGAACUCUGGAAAUGAACUGUUGAGCCUGAUUAAGCCUGAACAGGCUGGAUUUUUUUAUAUAAAUAAAGAUAAAACUCCAUCCA